AUGGGGUCGAUGCUCGUCGUCGUGGCCGCCCAGUACGGGCUCCAUCCUACUGGCCCUUGGAAUAGGACGACCCUCAUGGCUGCGUCUGCUGGCCAAGGGGCUUUCCGGUUGGGGUGCGUCGGAACUGACGGCGAGCACGCCGAUGACGGCGCGGGGGCGGGGCAACCAGAGAUGGGCGUUUGCCUGCUGCCGCCACGCUUUGGCGGCAAGGUACCUACUUAGGGAGGUAGGCAGUACACGGC